UGCCAGAAACAAGCCAUGUCUAUUCUCAAGGUCCACGCCCGAGAGAUCUUUGACUCCCGUGGGAAUCCCACUGUUGAGGUUGAUCUCUACACCUCAAAAGGUCUCUUCCGGGCUGCCGUGCCCAGCGGUGCCUCCACUGGCAUCUAUGAGGCCCUGGAACUCCGUGACAAUGAUAAGACCCGCUACUUGGGGAAGGGUGUCUCAAAGACUGUUGAGCACAUCAAUAAAACUAUCGCACCUGCUCUGGUUAGCAAGAAACUGAAUGUGGUGGAGCAGGAGAAGAUCGACAAGCUGAUGAUCGAGAUGGACGGCACCGAGAAUAAAUCCAAAUUCGGUGCCAAUGCCAUCCUGGGAGUGUCCCUGGCUGUCUGCAAAGCUGGUGCUGCAGAAAAGGGGGUGUCCCUCUACCGCCACAUCGCUGACUUGGCUGGCAACACUGAAGUCAUCCUGCCAGUCCCAGCUUUCAGUGUGAUCAACGGCGGGUCUCACGCUGGCAACAAGCUGGCCAUGCAGGAGUUCAUGAUCCUCCCUGUGGGGGCGACCAGUUUCCACGAAGCCAUGCGCAUCGGAGCAGAGGUUUAUCACAACCUGAAGAAUGUCAUCAAGGAGAAAUAUGGGAAGGACGCCACCAAUGUGGGUGACGAGGGCAGGUUUGCGCCUAACAUCCUGGAGAACAAAGAAGCUCUGGAGCUGCUGAAGAACGCAAUUGGAAAGGCUGGCUACACUGAACAGGUUGUCAUUGGCAUGGACGUGGCCGCCUCUGAGUUCUUCAGGUCCGGGAAGAAUGACCUGGACUUCAAGUCUCCUGAUGACGCCAGCAGGUACAUCACCCCUGACCAGCUGGCUGACCUGUACAAGUCCUUCAUCCGGGAGUAUCCAGUGGUGUCCAUCGAGGACCCCUUUGACCAGGAUGACUGGGAAGCCUGGAAGAAGUUCACAGCCAGCUCAGAUAUCCAGGUGGUUGGGGACGAUCUCACAGUGACCAACCCUAAGAGGAUUGCCAAGGCUGUCAGUGAGAAGUCCUGCAACUGCCUCCUGCUCAAAGUGAACCAGAUUGGCUCCAUGACCGAGUCUCUGCAGGCGUGUAAGCUGGCCCAGUCCAAUGGUUGGGGCGUCAUGGUGUCCCAUCGCUCUGGGGAGACUGAGGAUACUUUCAUCGCUGACCUGGUAGUGGGGCUCUGCACUGGGCAGAUCAAGACUGGUGCCCCUUGCCGAUCCGAGCGCCUGGCCAAGUACAACCAGAUUCUUAGAAUCGAGGAAGAGCUGGGCAGCAAGACAAAGUUUGCCGGCAGGUGCUUCAGGAACCCCCUGGCCAAGUAAAGUGGAUGCA